AUCCUUGAGGUCAUCUGUACCGUCUGCCUGGGAAAAGAUGGCCAACGUUUUGAAAGAAGUGUUCAUAGAAUGCGAUCCCGCCAUGAAGCAGUUCUUGCUGUACUUGGAUGAGUCUAAUGCCUUGGAGAAGAAGUUCAUCAUUCAAGACAUUGAUGACACACAUGUCUUUGUCACUGCAGAACUGGUUAAUGUCCUCCAAGAACGAGUAGGGGAGCAGAUGGACCAGAAUGCCUUUUCUCUUACCCAGAAGUGA